GGGCCCCGACUGGUGCGCUCACAGCCCUGCCGGGGCCGGGGAGCCUCCAGGCGGAGAGGCUUCGGCCGCCCUGAGCCACGGCCUCCGCAUGGAGGGGCCGCUUGGUUUACCACCGGAGUCUGGGCUGCUCCCGCAGCCGCUGCAGGGAGGCGGAGCCACCGCUGUUCUGGAGCCUGGAGCCCGGCAACACCCGGGACACGAGACAGCAGCGCAGCGGUACAGCGCCCGCCUGCUGCAGGCCGGCUACGAGCCCGAGAGCAUGGCGGACUACCUGAUCAGCGGCGGCACCGGCUACGUGCCAGAGGAUGGGCUCACCGCGCAGCAGCUCUUCGCCAACGCAGAUGGCCUCACCUACAACGACUUCUUGAUCCUCCCGGGAUUCAUAGACUUCAUAGCUGAUGAGGUGGACCUAACAUCAGCCCUAACCAGGAAGAUCACACUAAAGACACCCCUGACAUCCUCGCCCAUGGAUACUGUGACAGAGGCCGACAUGGCCAUUGCAAUGGCUCUGAUGGGAGGAAUUGGUUUCAUUCACCACAACUGCACCCCAGAGUUCCAGGCCAAUGAGGUGCGGAAGGUCAAGAAGUUUGAGCAGGGCUUCAUCACAGACCCUGUGGUGCUGAGCCCCUCGAACACUGUGGGCGAUGUGCUGGAGGCCAAGAUCCGGCAUGGCUUCUCUGGCAUCCCCAUCACCGCAACAGGCACCAUGGGCAGCAAGCUGGUGGGCAUCGUCACCUCCAGAGACAUUGACUUCCUGGCUGAGAAGGACCACACCACCCUGCUCAGUGAGGUAAUGACACCACGGAUUGAGCUGGUGGUAGCUCCAGCAGGUGUAACAUUGAAAGAGGCAAAUGAGAUCCUGCAGCGCAGCAAGAAAGGGAAGCUGCCUAUUGUUAAUGAUCGUGACGAGCUGGUGGCCAUUAUUGCCCGCACCGACCUGAAGAAGAACCGAGACUACCCUUUGGCUUCUAAGGACUCCCACAAGCAGCUGCUAUGUGGGGCAGCUGUGGGCACCCGUGAGGACGACAAAUACCGCCUGGACCUGCUCACCCAGGCGGGAGCCGACGUCAUUGUGCUAGACUCAUCCCAAGGGAACUCAGUGUAUCAGAUUGCCAUGGUGCACUAUGUCAAACAGAAGUACCCCCAUCUCCAGGUGAUUGGUGGAAAUGUGGUGACAGCAGCCCAGGCCAAGAAUCUGAUUGAUGCUGGUGUGGAUGGGCUACGUGUAGGCAUGGGCUGUGGCUCCAUCUGCAUCACCCAAGAAGUGAUGGCCUGUGGCCGGCCCCAGGGCACCGCUGUGUACAAGGUGGCUGAGUAUGCCCGGCGCUUUGGUGUGCCAGUCAUAGCAGAUGGAGGCAUCCAGACUGUGGGACAUGUGGUCAAGGCCCUAGCCCUUGGAGCCUCCACAGUGAUGAUGGGCUCUCUGCUAGCUGCCACCACUGAGGCCCCUGGUGAGUACUUCUUCUCAGAUGGGGUGAGGCUCAAGAAGUACCGGGGCAUGGGCUCUCUGGACGCCAUGGAGAAGAGCAGCAGCAGCCAGAAACGAUACUUCAGUGAAGGGGAUAAGGUGAAGAUCGCACAGGGUGUCUCGGGCUCCAUCCAGGACAAAGGCUCCAUUCAGAAGUUCGUGCCCUACCUCAUAGCAGGGAUCCAGCAUGGCUGCCAGGACAUCGGGGCCCGGAGCCUGUCCGUGCUGCGGUCCAUGAUGUACUCAGGAGAGCUCAAGUUUGAGAAACGGACCAUGUCAGCCCAGAUCGAGGGUGGUGUGCACGGCCUGCACUCCUAUACCUUUCUGCCGUUUACGAGAAGCGGCUGUACUGAGGACAGCGGUGGAGGCCGAGGUGGUGGAGGGGGCACAUCCCAGGGUCUCCCUUCAGACACAGCUUCCCUCCAUAAUUGAGUGGUCCAUGGAUUUGCACUAUGGGUUCCCAGCUCCUUUCCAGGGAGAGAGGUGGGGAGGCCCUGAGGGGACUGUGGCCCUUCCCUGGGCACCCCCCUGCAGAGUCAGGAUGCUCCCUGGACCAGGCUGCCCUGGGAGCUCCCGGGGUUUCCCUUCUUCAGCCCUCUGAGCCCAGCCAGCCUGGGCUCUCAGGCCCUGUGCCUGCCUCAGGUCUCUCUUGCUGCAGUCUGCUCUGGCCCAGCUCCCACCCAUGGGGCAGGUGGCCCCUCCUGGCUUCUCCUGUAGGGCAUCUCCCUCCGUGCCCCUCCCCCGCAAAUGGUGCUCUCCUGGCCUUGCCUCUGGCCCCUUACUGGGCUGCUGCCCUCAGCCAUGUGGCACUCUGGGCUCCUGAUCAAGGCCAGGGGGAGGUCUCUGCCCCCUUCCCCUGGCCUGAGGCUACCCCAGGCCCUGCUCCUCAGGCCACUCCCCCCUCCCUGAACCUGGGGAAGAGACCUGCCGGACAUUCCUGACUCUCCACUGUCCCCAGGUGUACCAUCCCUGCCCUCUCCUCUCAGCUGCAGUUGAAGGCUUUAACUUUGCACACUUUGGGGUCACAGUUGCAUAAUUAUAUAUUAAAUAAUCUGAAUAAAUCGAGCAGGUCUUAAUGACUGUGAAA